GCGGUGGGUUCGACGCAUGCGCACUCGUAUGUAAAUAACAGCAGUGGCUAAGCGUUAGUUGUUUGAAGUAUCUGGUUAGUUAGACUUUUGAAACUAACCCACUAACCGCGGUAGUGAAGUGAUUUCGGGAACGCAAGUGAUAUGUGACUGUUCGAGUGGUUAAUAGUCGACAGCGCUGCGAGAAGCUCUUUAAUAAACCUCAUGUUUACAACUUCACCCAGCUAGCUCUCAGGCUAACGGUGCUAGCUGCCCGGGCAGUAGCAGGAUGACAGUUAAACCAGCUGGCUAGUCUGUGAGAGGUCUGGUUAGCUAGCUAGCGGGAUACACCGCAUAAGGGUCAGAUCUGGUGUAUAUUCAACAUUUUAACCUUUUAAUAAUAACCAAAAGGGUGCAGCUAAUAACCAAGUGGUGGUUUUCUUUGUAUUACAAUCAAACCCAGUGCCUAGAAAAGAGGGGAUUCGUUAUAUAAUCACUGAGAUUUUCGCCAUGUUAACUGAAAACAGGAAACGACAGCGUACUCAAGGCGAUGAUGAUGCACUUCUCAUGCCUCAGGCCAAAAGAACAAGCACAACAGCCCAGUUUUCUGAGGGAAGCCGAGAAGCCUGGGAGUCUGAGUCCUCCAGCAGUGACAGCAGUGGGGUCAGUAGUCCAGAGCACGCAGCUGGGACCAGCAGCAGCGCAAGCAGUCAGUACGGAGCUGAAAACCUCAGGUCAUGCAGUCCACAUAGUUCCUUGGACCAAUCUGAUGCUACAACCCUGGCCUCAUACGAACGUAUCAACCGUGUCCUGAGAGAGGCUCACUUCCAGAGCCUACACAACAGAGGUCAGUCACGGGAUAGGUGACUUUCAGAGACUUUCACAUCUCUGACAGUGACCCCUUCAGUCUACAUGAGCGCCUGGCUGCAUUCCCCAGGAGACGGGGCAGAGAUCAUCAAGAAGUUUAUUCCGACUUAUGUGCUAGAGCUCUCAUUUGUGAUUAGUGUGAUUGUUUUUUUGUUUUUUUGUUUUUUGAAAGUGUGGCCUGAAACUGUAAAACUCUUGACUAAUUUAGAGCACAAAAGGAUUCACAUUGUAAGCAAUAAUAGCUUGGCGACAAUGCAACCUUUUGUGACAUACACACUGUGUUUUUUUCCUUCUGAAAACACCAGUUUACAUGUAAACGGGAGCUUCAUUGCAGGUCAAACUGCGCCUGGUGCAAAUUAUCAUUGUUUCAUUGCUGGUCCACUUGUGCACUUGGGGGUACGGGGUAAUCACAUUUAUAAAACAGCAACAAUCUAGAAAUCUUUUGUUUAUUUAUUGAACUCGAUUGCUAAGUCGGCACUUCACGUAUGUUGAUGCGAGGUAUAAACUUAGGGUUGUAAUAGCAAGCCUCUGGGUUUGUAACUCUUUAAGAUGGAACAGCCUCUACACCAUUCCUCCAACCUUACAUCAACUCACUGAUGUGAUUACUUUUUCUUGCCCCCCCCCAAUUCUUAUUAGCUCUUUAGUCAACGCUCAUGCGGAUCCUCCAGCCGGUCGAUCUUGAAUUAAAUUGAAAGAUUACUUGUUUAUUUUUACGAUAUAUUUUUAUGAAAACAUUGAAUGAUAUUUUACAUUCAUGUCACCUACAUUUUAAAAAUAAAGAUGGCUGUUCCUAAA